GCUCUUCCUGCCGCAGGACCUGACCUCCAACUGGAAGGACGAGGCGUUCCUGACCAGCGGCACCCUCGACCUGUGGGGGAUGAACGGCCGAGGGGACGUGUGCACCGCCAACAUCUACUCGGGCUGCUCGCGGACUGCCUCCAGCAGCAACAUCAUCAACCCCAUCGUCAGCGCUCGUCUCAGGACCCUGUCGAGCUUCGCCUUCAGAUACGGACGAAUUGAAAUUCGCGCCAAGAUGCCUCGCGGUGAUUGGCUGUGGCCAGCCAUCUGGAUGCUGUCCCGUAACUGGCCCUACGGACCGUGGCCAGCCAGCGGCGAAAUCGACAUCGUGGAGUCCAGGGGCAACGACGACUUCGGCAACCUCGGCAACCAGUACGGAGGGACGACGCUGCACUGGGGACCCUUCUGGCCGCACAACUUCUUCGAGAAGACCCACGCCGAGUAUGCGGCGAACGUAGGUUCCUUCGCCGACGACUUCCACGUAUGGAGGCUCGACUGGACCAAGGACAAGAUGGAGUUCUACGUGGACGAGGUCCUGCAGCUGACAGUGGACCCUGGAAGCAGCUUCUGGGAUUUCGCCGGAAUGGACUCGACGUACGACAACCCUUGGGCGGCUGGAUCCAAGAUGGCGCCCUUCGACCAGAAGUUCUACCUGAUCCUGAACGUGGCUGCGGGCGGCACGAACAACUUCUUCCCCGACGACGUCGCGCACAAGCCCUGGUCCAACCUCUCGCCCACGGCGCCCCUCGACUUCUGGGAAGCCCGGUCUUCCCCAGUCCUCCCCUCGUGGCAGGCGGGCGAGGACCGCAUCAGCGAGGGCGCGGCCAUGCAGGUCGACUACGUCCGCGUCUGGAAGAUGGAGAGCGCCGAGCAGUAG